CAAGCCAGGAGGGAAUGAGAGCGAAUUCUGCCAGGGAAACCAACCCGUGCGGCAGCCCCAAAAAUCCCCUGUCCCCGCUCGCUGCCCUGGAGCCAAGCGUGGUGCAAGGAGAGAGAUGCUGGAAGGGCAUCAGCGGCACGCAGCAUGCAGGGCUGGUACCACGGUUUGCACCCUCCAGGCACCCUGUUCGGGGCAUGCACCCCACUGGGAGCCCUGUGGCUGUCUCUGUGGCAAGACCGUCCCUUCCCAUGGCAAUUAGGGGAUGGAUGAGAGCAGGCCACGGAGACUGCACCCUAAAAAACCCCCACAUCCCAGACAAGGGCACGUCCCAUCCCCAGAGCGCUGCUGCCCUCCAGCCCUGUGCAUCUAGCCGUGACAGCAGCAAGCAAAGGGUUAGUGGCCGGCUCAGCCUUGGGAGUAGCAGCCAGGGACGCCGGCCACCAGCUGCAGCACUUGGCCCUUGCGGCAACCUGUGGCCGGGCUGGCAGCGGGGAGAACCCCUGCCGUUCCCGGGGGAGGCAGCACAAACAGCCCUGCCGCUGCAGAAACAGGCUGCGGCGUGGCGAGGGGAAGGCAAACCCAGAAGGAGCACCGAAGUGAAGCCAAAACUGAGCUUCCCGGGGAGCUGCUUCACCAGCUGGUGGGGUUUGGUCUCCCCAGCUCUUCCAGAAAUAGAAAACGGGUUACUACAGGCUAAAAGUCAUGGCUGUCUCGCAGCAGGUGGGAGAUUGGAUGCUGACGGUGGCAGCACGAGCGCCUCGUGCCCCUCGCGGGCUGACUGCGGGCCCCUGGGGGCUCAGCACCGUGCUCCUGCAGGCAGGAGGAGGCAGCGGGACGAGGCACGCUCCUGCGACUCCGACAUCCUGCUGUCUGCUGUGUUGAUAGAGAGAAACCUUCGCUUCCCCAAACUGUCAAUCUGACACUAUUUUUUUUUUCCGAGGAGGUGGCAGGAAACACCAUCUGAUUUGUUCUCUGGGACGCACAGCUUCUUUCGGGCUCACUGCGAGGCAACGGCUCUAGUGACAGCUCAGCACCCUGCAAACCUGCACAGGCUGGUUUUCUAUGGCAACGGAACUGAAUAUCCUGCUGUUAUGGAAACUAGAGACUCACGGGAAGGUCGCAGACCUGCCUGACAUGGCACGGUGUUCGUCCCUCCCGCACGUACACUGCUCUGCAACUCCUGGGCUGGGAGACGAGGCACUAGCGGCACGGGUGUAGCACCGCCCGUGGGACCGUGUUAACCUCAGGUCCUUUGCAGGGAAGAUGUGCAAAAACCCCUGCUGUGAGAGGAGGUCACUGCGAGAGCUGCCCCAGCCCCUCACGGAGCAGGCACCUAGCGGCAGCUCCCAGCCACUCUGCACUGGAGCUGCUGCAGCACCGACGGGGUUCCUCUGGGACCCUGGAGCGAGCGGUGCCAGGAACAGGGCCACGAGGGAAACCAGUAACAGCAGUACUGGAACACCAAGCGGAACCACAGAGCAGGGCAGGCUUUGUAUCUCCGCAGUCUUUGAUGGGAACAAAGCUUUCCUAACAGAAAACGUUCAAAAAGCUGCUUCUAAGGUACCGUUUGUGCUUUAAGUCACGUCGUCCUGAUGUGUUGUCUUGGAGGACACGGUGACAUGGGGCUUUCUGCGCAAACAGCCCAGGCACUCCGCAGAAUCGCUGUUUCCUUAAAUGCCUCAGCACGUCAGGAGCCGGAGCGAGCCCCCAGAGUCCUCGCUGGGCACUAUCUCCACCACCCUGGAGGUGCUGCAGGAUAAAAAGCUCGUUACUGCUGACGAGGGGAGCUCGGCUGAACCACAGCAAGCUGAGGAUGGUGCCGGACCGCGGCGCCCCAGGGGACCUUGGAGAGGGAGCCUGAAGACCAGACGAUGCAUGGGCACAGGAACCCCUGGGGUCUGGAGAGCCCAGGGCCAAACCUCAGCACCCCCAUCGGCAAAGGGGCACGAGGCACAGAGCCCAGAGGACACGUAGGAGCCGCAGCGCAUGGGACACGCCAGGCAGGCUGCCAGCGCUGCCGCAGUGGCUGCCAGCUCUUCUGCCGUGUGGCCGUUUCCUCUCCCUCCUUUUCCUGCUGGCCUGGCCGUGGCACCACAAACCAAGCAGCUUCCCCGAGCAAUUCCAUGGGCCCAGUGCCACCAGUUUCAGCUUUGCCCUUUGGGAAGCACACCUUGAACUCUCCCCAGGCUGAUCCCACCCCGUGCGCCCUCCAGCAAUCCCUGGUGCACCCCACCCGCCGCGCCCCGGCUGGAGACGAUUCACUAUGAAAUCUUCCUCACACCGCAGGCAUUUUAAUCACCAGUGUGAGCUCCAGCACCAGUCCCUGGAGCCGUCAGCCUGCCUCCGGCUCCCCAGAAAGUGCUGGGAAGGGGAGCAGCAGAGGUAAGCGCCCGCGAGGACCUGCCAACAGCUGCCUCGGAUUCCUCCACAGCUCCUGCCAGAUUUGAUGUCUCGCUGAAGGCCUCCUUCUUCACCAGCAGGGCUGCCAGAGCAGGAGGGAAGAGCCCAGCACACAUGGGCUGGGCACCGUCACUGACACAAGGAGAAAAAGCAAAAUCAUUGACAUUUGGGGGGGAAAAUUGCUUUUGCAACGCUGCCUCCUCUGCCACAGCCGGUACCAUGCUUCUCAGCUUGGAAAUACUUGGCGCUUUCCCCACCUUAUAAAUAAGUGAUUACUGUAAUCAAAAUAAUUAAGCAACCCAGCCUUUUAAGUGACUAAUAGAAGACAAUAAUUUAUAUGUGCGAGGUUUAUGGAAGUGAUGGAGCCCUUUUAGCAGUUCUCGCAGAGCAGUAACUUUUUUAAAACAAACAAGCAAACAAAAACCCAUACCAAAGCAUGGAAAAUAAGGGAACAAAUCCCAGAGGAGCAGCAGGAGAUGGUCUCAGCUGAGGGCACGCUCAGCACCGACUGCUCCCGUUUUCGUGGCCACUUCUGCCUGUUCAGCUCGAUGCUGGCAGCUUGGGGAGAGAUGCUUGUCCACAAGCCAUAGCUUUACGAACCCACAUCCUAUUUUUUCCCUGUCAUUCGCCACGCUCAGCCAAAUCAACCACAGCACUUGUACACAGCUGGGGAAGGCAGAGGAUGGAUGCCGAGCCACGUCUCGCCGCCUCCGUAGCCACCAUCAGCACUUCCAGAUGUUCUCUGCCCCUCCGAAGACCCCUCACUCACUCCUUGGGGAUUUCGGUGGCCACGAGAGCCCUGGUGACACAGCAGAGCCUUGCCACAGCGCAGCCUCCAGCAGCUCAGCACCCACAAAACCCAGGGGAGCUCCGGGCCCUGCUGGGACCCUGCUUCUCCAGCACAGGGGAUGGUGCUUCGCCCAGUCCGGGCCUCUGGGACCAGGGAAGUGAGGACGUGUUUACCUGCCUCCUAAAAGGAAGCUGGAGACUAAUAAUCUGCUCGACACCCCCUUUUAAUCACUGUCUCCCUGGGUCAUAUUUGAAUGGAUGUCCUCGAGGUGCGAGGCUUGCUAGCGCAGUACCAAAUUACCAGGCAAUCUGAUCUCUCAUGCACAUUCAUAAUUAAAAAUUCCCUGCUAAGUUGCAUGUUUUUGUAAAAGCAUUAUUUUUACUAUGAGCUCUGUGUCCUGCAGCAUCCUGCAGAAGGCAAGCAGGAGGCAAUUUAGACACAGAACAAUUUUCCUCCUGCUGGAAAAAGGCAGAUUUCUGCUCCUCAGGGACACGGCGCAGCGCAAGAAAAAAAAAGCAAAAAACAAAAACCCCAAGCCCAGACUGUAAUCUACAAGGCCACAUUUCACAUCUGUUUUUGUAAUGUUAACUUUUAUAAAAGGGCUGGGAAUAACACAAUCAAUUUACUUUUCAUUUUGGAAGGUUAUAAAUUUAAAAGCAAGGCUGGUGCACGGCGGAGCUGGAACGCUGAAAGUUAUUCUCAAAAAACCCAACCCUCUACUUACAGCAAAUGCUGCUCCACUGAAAACAAAAGUGACUGUAUAUAUUUUGGGGCAAUACCGAUUUUUAAAAGUUACCACACUGAUUAAGUCCAGAUGAUUCCAAAAGAACCACGGAAAGCAACCAAGGUUUGGGAGAGGUCAGUCUUCCCUGCCGUUGCUCCACGGACCCCAAACUUCUUGAUCUAUAUUAACUCCAUAAAUUAGCAGUGUAACGCCAUUCCAGAAACGCCAACAGCUCUCCACUCUGCUGUUCUCAUCCCUCUUGUCUGCAGGCCUCAGAAGAUAAUAAACGAGGCGAGAUGUCAGCACAUCUUCCCACUCUCUCGGCUCUGUUCAUUAGAGGCAGGCUCCCGACGCGCACUUGCAGCGCCCGCUCUGAUUCCGGGCUCGGGGGCAGGCAGGGUGCCAGGCAAGGAUUCAAUUAGUGUCCCACCUCUGCUUCGUUUUUCAUAAGCCUCACUUAAAAGUCGAGGUCAGCAGGGCUGUGACGUGCUCUGACUGCAGACGGCCGCGCUGCCCAGCAGCCUCUAAUUGCUUCCUGGUGCUAAGUGGCCCCGAGGCGGCCGCUGCCUCUCCUCCUCGGCUGCAAGCUCUCUGGGGCACAGACUGCCCCUUCUGCUGGUCUUCUUCAGCAUCUCCCCCACCUCGUCCUUGAGCAAACGUCUCCGAGAUGUGCUACAGCAGCCACAGCCUCCACAACCCGAUGGAGAAAUACAUUGCGGGACGAGGCAGGAGCGCAGCUCCUUAGCACGCGGGCUGAGCCCACAGAGCAGAGGGAUUCAGGGGUGAGGCUGCAAAAAAAAAAACAAGCAAGGGGCUGCACGGGCAGAGCUGCUUCCAUCCCAUGUCUCACAGCACGGGAACAGGAACGCCCCAGCUUCCCAGGCUGAUCCACUGGCAGACGGCUCUGAUACAGAGAUAGAGAGAAGGGCUGAAGACCGAAAACAGCCACGAUGGGAACAGAGAGGAAGCCACCCCUCGUCCUUCAUGCUGGGACAAGCAGGGUGCCAGCCUGGCGAAGGGAACCAAGGACAGAGAUCCCAAGGCAGCGGAAAGUCCAGGGGGAAGUCCUUCUCCCCCUGCAAGGGGGAAUGAACGCAUAAAAUGAUAACAGAGAGAUUAAUGGAUAGCUUGAGGGUGCUGUGACCAAGGUUAGCCCAAAGGAAGCACUCGUGGAAGGAGGGUUGUUCUUGACAGAUGGACUCAAUUUGAACGCACAAGGAAAGAGUCUCCUGGGAUUGAAGCUGCUCCUGUGAUAAGAAAGGCUUCCAGCUGAGAAACACAGGGACGUGGUGCUAACGUCAUCUACCUCCACCUUUACUACCAGGAAAAAGAAAAAUACAGCUACGGCCUCAAACAAAAACCAUCAGACAGACAGAGAGGAGGCAGGAGUAUAAAUACCAGUAGGAAUGCAAUUACUGACUAUGUUGACUAAGGAACUGGAUGUGGUCAGUAAGAAACAGCUCAAAUGUUUAUGCAGUAACGAAAGCAGCCCGGGUAACAAAACGGAGAGACUUGUAUUACUUGGGCAGGACACAAAGCAGGGCACUGAGGGGAUGAGAGGAACAUGGGGAAACAGCAAUCAUAGCUGGAGUAUACAAAACAAGCAGAGUCCAACGCUCAGAGGGCUCUGGAAAGAGUUUUUGGAAGAAGUAAGGGCAGAGGCAAACAGCAAACAGGAAAAAUGCAGUGCGUGUUUACCAAAGGUGGAUUGUGCCAAUGACCUGAGGACUGAGGUUCCAGACGGGGGAAAAGCAGCAGACCUAAUCCCAGCUGCCUUCCACAACGUCCUCCCCACGCCGCCUGCCUGGGAGGUGGUUACUGGUGGCAGAGAUCAUGACCUGAGGGCAAGGCUUGUGACACUGGCAAAGCCCUGGGUGGCGGGAUGAAGUCCUGCAAGCCCCCGUGGUGGCAAGGCAGCCUCAUCAGGCACUGUCUGCAGCUCAGCCUGAAUUUCACCCAAGUCCUGCGCAACAAUUUGACCCUAGGUGCAAGCAUCCUGCAAGGCUUCAGCACCAUACGGCCCAUCCUGCACGGGCAGCAGCAAGCCCCCGACGGGAGAUGGAGGUGGGGUGCUGGAGGUGAGGCUGAGCGUCGAGAGACCAGCACACGUGCCAGGAACAUUUCGCAGUGCAGCCAGGAAGCACGGCGACGCUACGCCCAGGGGAAAAGCCAACUCACACCAGCUGCUUCAAAACACCCCACGGACGAGAUGGACGGAGGAAAAAACUGUGCAAGAGGUGCCCGUGUGACUGCACCUCCCGUGGCACCUGCCCCACGUACACUGACAGCACCCAUGGGAGCCUUGUGGGUGCCCAGACCUUGGAGCAAGCCUGACUUCCCCCGCACACCCCCGGCAGCUCGGUGGUGACCACGCACCUCCCCGCCGGUUCUAGGAAGGUCUCAGCAGACCGUGAGCGAGGUGGAGCUGCCCUCCAGAGGGUCUCCAGCGGCUCGGAGCCCUGGCCCCGAUACAGGGCGAGGGACUGGCUGUCCCCACGCCGGCAGCCCCGCGGCUCGCUGGCACGGAGGGGCUGGCGAGCGGCAGCGAGCUGCUGGCAGAUGGCGGAGACGUGGGGGGCACGGGAAGGAGGGGCCGGGAGAUGCUGGUGGCUGUGGGGAGGAACGGCCGCAGCAGAGCCGGUUCCCGUCCAGGACGACAGCUUGCAUAUGGAUAAACAACGAGAUAAUUACAACCUUGAAGAAG